AUGCUAAAUGCUCCCCCGCCAAGACCGGGAUCUGAAUCCAUGGAGAUCUUUUGCAAGCUUCGGCACAUCCGGGGUGCCAUACCGUCUUGGGUCCCGUCACCCAUUGAAAAUACCAAUCUGAAUCUCAAACCUUUCUGGGGCACCGCCAACCUGGGCCUGCGUGACCUUGGCGGUGCACCUGUCCGCCUUUCCACUUGA